AUGUCAUCGAUUCCAAUAACACAACUAGCAACUGAUAUGACUAUAUCAUCGAAACAAAAAAUAAAUUCAUCUGAAAUUUCAAUACAAGAUUGCACAUCUCAAUUUGAUUUAAAAAAACUUCGAGAUGCUUUUGUUAAUUGUGUUCAAUCAGAUCAUACGCUUCUUCUUCAGGAAUAUAUUCGUGCUUAUGAAGAAUUAUGUCUUUUUGUUUCUUCUCUUGGUACUGUUUUUGAAUGGAUUACAAAAGAUUUAUCAAAUAAAUUACUUGUUCUUAAAGAACAUCAACGUCUUGAUCCAAUUAAUUAUAAAUCUAUUCAAUCAAUGAUUUCAUAUGAAAUCGCAUCAGGACGAAUUCAAACAAAAGAUACAUCAUUAUUUAUUCAACCUGGAAAACCAUUACAAAAUGGAUGUCGAACAUUAUUAAGAUUACAUCGUGCAUUAGCUUUUAUUUCUUGUUUUUUAAGUGAAAUGCGUAAUGCAUCCGAUGAUGCUAGUUCAGCAUCUAUUGCAUGUAAUGCAUAUUCACAUACACUUGGACGUUUUCAUUCAUGGCCCGUUAGAUAUACAAUUCAUACUGCUAUUAAAUUAACAGUACCAAAUCGUCAAGAUCUUAUUAAGAAAUUUGUUAGUAAUCGAAGUGCUGAAGAAAUUGAUGUAUUCUCCGGUGAAAUAGUACAGUCAUGUAAUACAAUUGAACAUACAACACAGAAACUUUUUAGAAGUCAUCAUUUAACAAAACUACCAUAA